AUGGCCAUGCGGGCUCCCUCCGACAAGGUUGUUCUGUUAACGUGAAAUUUAGUUCAAAAAUUUAUAUUGAAGCGUGUGCCGGAAGCUUUGAGGCGGUAUCCGUUGGAGGAUUUCCCGAACUGGAACAUUGCAUAUGGAGAAAAGUGAUUGUAAAUCCACAUUUGGUGUGAUUUUGUCUGACCAGAUAUCAUGUCGCGGCACCUGUUGAUAAACUUCUUGGCGAUUGGGCUUUUCAUUUGCGAUCGCACAUAACGUCGUUGAUCCUCGCCGGCAAUCCUGCGAUUUCAUUUUUACAGGUAAUUGGGAAGAAUUGUUCACAAAAAUUCGCACUCAAAUAAGUUGGGGUCAUUAUAAACUUAUUCCCAGUGCAAGUCUGAAAAUUGGAAAAAAAUUUUUGAUCAAAGGGUUCAUUUGGAAUAUUCACACCUUUUUGAAACGUGAAAAGCGAUUUUAUGCACCAAAAUGACUGGCUUGAGAAAUCCCUAAAGUGAACACUCCAUUCAUUUGUUUUCAGCGCUCAGAAAUUUUCUCGUUUUCACGGCUAGCUUGGGAUAUCAAUGUCUGGAUCUAUACCAAUAAAAGGCUAUUUUAAUCAUUCUCUCAAAUUUCUUCAAUUUCGAGAUAACGUCUAAAAUCAGCCGUGAAUAAGCAAAUAAAGCAGAGGGAAACAAAACUUUUUUUUUCACUUAGCCAGUUGCUUUUUUCUGCUUACCAAGAGACACGUUGUAUGAAUUUCUCGCUUCUGCUGCCGUUAAACUCGCCGCGAAAUCCAUUGUCCCUUUUGUUUUUUAGAGUUUUCGGUCGCCGGCUCUCACGAAAAUCGCAUUUCUGUUCAGUUUCCUCGGCCUCGAAGAGUUCUUCACGCUCCUGAUUGUCGCCCAGGCGAGUCACUGUUUUUAUGAUUUUAUUUUUGAGGUAUUCCGAAAUUUUGACGGGUUGAUAAGUGUAUUGAUUGAUUUUUUUUUGUUGUUUUUCGAUUUGGUUUUUAAAAAGUGAAUUUUUGAAGUAUUUGAACCUAAUUUAAUUUUAGAAAUGAUUCCGAGAAAAUCAAAAAAGCCGUCAAAUAAAGAAAAAUACAGCUAGAUUUUUGAGAGUCAGAGAUAAUUUGGAAUUUCGAUUUUUUUGGGUCAAAAAAAAAUAAUUUUUGAAUUUUUUUCUUACCAAGCUUCUAAUGUAACAUUUGGUUGAGUAGAAAAUUUCCAUUUUGAGAGAAACAAAUUAAUUUUAACACUUCAAAAAGCCUUCUAAAAAAAUGAAAAAAGAACUAAGUUGAUUUUUAAUCCAUGGGUACGUUCAUUUUAUCGUUUCUGCCGUGUUCCAAAUGAUUUUUUUCGAAGUUUUUAAAAAGCGUGAAAAAAAGAUAACUAAAUUUUUAGAGAGACAGAGAUAAUUUUAAUUCUUGCGAAAGUUACUUUCAACACGUCACAGCUUUUGACGUGAAACAUGAAUAAUGAGAAAAUGUCCAAUUUUGUUUUUGUGAGGUAAAAAUUCAUUUUACCACUUCAAAAAAUCUAUAAACCGUGAAAAGAAAGCUUCAAGUUGAUUUUCAUUUGUUUAUCGAAUCGUUCAAAUUUUUGUUUCCUUCUUUUCUUUUUAAUCAAUUUAUUCGGCAGAAGUUACUGAUUUUUUCCAAACUUGUUCAGUAUUUUUAUAACGAAGUAAAAAAAGUUGUGAAAUAUUUACCCAUCCGUGAGUCAUGUUGUAAAGUGCAAGAAAGCACUUAAAUAUCACACUUUUACCCAUUUCUAUAGCUUUUAUCUUGGUUCCAUUUUUCUUUCUCUCUGAGAAAUGAUGAAAAUUUUUUCCAAAUCCAUUUUCUUCAAUUUUUCCCCUUUUUUGAUUUUUCCAAUAAAAAAAAAAGACCGUCUGACUUCAAAAUCUCUCAUUUUGGAGUGAUAUUACUAAUCCUUCCAUGAACCUGAAUAAGUAUUGUCUCGGGCCAGUCGCAAUAGAAUAUUAUCGAAAUUUCAAGAUUGAUCUUUAGUUUUUGGUCAAAAUUUGGUCUCUAAUCGAUUUUGAGCGUGUUCCUAGCUCAUAAAGUUGAUUAAAAAAAAAACAAGAUAACUGAUUUGAGUUUUUGGAAUAAUCGGAAUACUUUUUUGUCUGUAGUUUGAUCACAACUGGCUUGAGUCAAUAUUUGAUGAUGGUCUUCCCACGAUUAGAGAAAGAGUGCAUGAAAAGAAGAGGUUCAGACGUCUCUGUAGUAUUUUUGGUUGCAGGGUGGGGUUAAUGAAGUCUGAUUUUUUAAUACUUAACUUUAAAAUAACUUAUUUUCAAAUUAUUGAGGGAAACUCCAAUUUCGCAUUCAUCAUUUCAUCUCAUUUUAUCAAAGUAAGAAUUUUUUUUUUUUGAAGAAAUCGAAAUUUAAUUUUUCCUUCUUUUAAUUUUCACGAUUUUCGAAGUGCCCAAAGUCUCUGAAGUUUGAUUUUGACUUAUUCAUGGGUGUCCUCUUUAAAAGCUCUUUUUCAAAUCAUGAUUAAUUUUAAAAAAUAAUAUUUGGAAAAAUCCCAUAACUCAGUGAUUUCAUUUGCUUAAAUCAGUGAUUUUUUUAAAAUCUUCAUUUAGAAAAAUUUCCACAAAAGAUUUCUUAGGCUAUGAAGUUGUGAAAAAAAUGAUUAAAUAACUUUUUCUAUUAUUCUGUAGGUAUGGCUAUUCGACGCCCAGUUGGGACGGCUUCUUUCCGUGCUCCUUUCACUGGGCUUCUUCAUUUCCGGAAGCUUGAAGGUUUUUUUUCAUCUAUGA